GAUGUGAGGAGCGCGACCUGGGCGCCGGCGUCCCGGGCCGGGCCGUGAUCCGACGGCGGCCCCGAGUCUCCCGUGCCCGGCCGGAUGGACCGCGAGACGCGCUCCCUCGCCGAGCGCCACUUCCGAGGCGGCGGGUGCGGCGGCCAAGCCCCGGGACGUGUGGCCUUCAUCCCGGAGCCCGCCGCCUUCUCCUACGCCGACUUCGUCCGCGGCUUCCUGCUGCCCAACCUGCCCUGCGUGUUCUCCGGCGCCUUUACCGAGGGCUGGGGCGGCCGGCGGCGCUGGGUGACUCCCGCGGGCAGGCCGGACUUCGACCACCUGCUGCGGGCCUACGGAGAUGUGGUUGUACCUGUUGCAAACUGCGGGGUCCAGGAAUACAACUCGAACCCCAAAGAACACAUGCCCCUCAGAGACUACAUCACCUACUGGAAAGAGUACAUCCAGGGGGGCUACUCCUCUUCCAGGGGCUGUCUCUACCUCAAAGACUGGCACCUGUGCAGGGACUCCUCGGUGGAGGAUGUGUUCACCCUGCCUGUCUACUUCUCCUCCGACUGGCUGAACGAGUUCUGGGAUGCCCUGGAUGUGGAUGACUACCGAUUUGUCUACGCUGGGCCCAAGGGCAGCUGGUCUCCAUUCCACGCUGACAUCUUCCGCUCCUUCAGCUGGUCCGUCAACAUCUGUGGGAGGAAGAAGUGGCUCCUCUUCCCUCCAGGGCAGGAGGAGGCCCUGCGGGACCGCCAUGGCAGCCUGCCCUACGAUGUGACCUCCCCCUCGCUUCUCGAUGCCCAUCUGUACCCGAGGCGCCAGCACUGCGGCCCACCCCUGGAGGUCACGCAGGAGGCGGGCGAGAUGCUGUUCGUACCCAGUGGGUGGCACCACCAAGUCCACAACCUGGACGACACCAUCUCCAUCAACCACAACUGGGUGAAUGGCUUCAACCUGGCCCGCAUGUGGCACUUCCUGCAGCAGGAGCUGCGCGCCGUGCAGGAGGAGAUCGGCGAGUGGAGGGACUCCAUGCCUGACUGGGACCACCACUGCCAGGUCAUCAUGCGUUCCUGCUCGGGCAUCAACUUCGAAGAGUUCUACCACUUUCUCAAGGUCAUUGCUGAAAGAAGGCUGCUCGUCCUGGGCGAGGGCACGGCAGGGGGCAGUGCAGCCACUGAGCUGGGCCCCGAGCAGGCAGCGUUCGAUGUCGGGCGUAUCGCGGAGGUGCUGGCCUCUGUGGUCGAGCACCCUGACUUCCAGAGAGUGGACACCAGCAUGUUCUCACUGCAGCCCAAGGAGCUGCUGCAGCAGCUGAAGGAGGCCAUUGCUGUCACCUCAGUACUUUAGUGCCCUCCCCACCUUGAACAACGUGGCCUGGGUGCCCCAGGAAUGGCCCUUCCUGUGGGUCUGUUGCAGUCCUGGCCACCCGUGGCCGUUGUCCAGGCCCCUGUUCUCCGGGCCUGGCAAGGUCAGGGACCCUGGAUCUGCUGAAAGGUGCCAGGUGGGGUGUUGGUCUAUCCGACCUGCAGCAAGCCUGGGAGAGCUUGGGCUGGGUGGCAUUGUGACUGGGUUUUCUUGGAGUCCCCACGCCCCUAGCGAAGGCCAGGACAUCUGAGCCAAGGGGCACAUGCAUCCCCUCUGCCUGCUCUGGAGGCUCCUCCACAUGGCACGAAGCUGCCACGUGCUCACCAGGGCCUGAGGCAGAGGCUGGGCCUGCCCGACCCUCCUGUGCGGGAGACUGGGUCGGGGCAGAGGUGGGCCACAGCACCUGCUUCCUCGUGGCCCCCACACGGCAGGCCUGGCCUCUGAACUGGAGCUGCAAAGAGCCUCCCACUAGUGGCCUGUCUGCCCUCUGGGAAGCCUGGCUGCUCCUCUGCCAGCCUCCUACUGAGUCCUGGGGCCAGAGGGGCUAUGGUUCCUGUUAGUCACACUUGCUGUGCGUUGCAGGUGACCGUAAAUCCUUAAGGGAGGAGGGAGCAGGCAGGCUGUGUGUCCCCUGCCCAGCACCUCUUCCUGUAGCUCAUGCACCUCGGUGCCACCUUGCCCUCUGCAGGGAUGAGUCUUCCACUGCUGCUGCACGCUGGGCACAGCGGCUGAGGUGUGAGUGGGCUGCUCACCACAGCCCCAUCCUGGCCCCUGUGGAGGCACAGUGGACCAGCAGCCUGGUUUGUGCCAUGGGGGAUGGGCUCUUUGGGGCCAUCCGUGGCUCUGUGGCUCCCCCCUCCAGCAGGAGAUGCCCCAGACUUUGGCCCUCUAGUAAGAACCACAAGGGUGGGGGCCAGGGCUCCACCUGUGUGCCUUCGACCCCAAGUCCACUCCUCUUCAGUUGGCCCUGGGUCUGCCGUCCCCACCCCGGCAGUGGAGGACGAGUCUGACUAUGACAUCCAGUGCUGCUACCUGACUCUUGGCCAGGAUGGACACCCAGGAGGGCAGGGACUUCUGUCUGUUCUGUUAAAUGAAUUAUGCCAAGUGCCUGGAAAAGCAACUGUACACAGUAGGCAUCUCUCAUGUUUGUCAAAUGAAUGGACUCCAACCAAUACCUACCCAGGUGCCCCAAAGCCGUCCCUCCCUGGUCUGGCUGCACCAGGGUCAGGGACCCUGAGGUGGCAUCUCAUGCCUAUUCUAUAAAUGGAGACACAGCAUUGUCCAACUGCAGGCCAGCAGGGGCUGAGGCAGAGGCUCCCUCAUGGUGGAGAGGGAGGUGGACGUGCUGGUGGGGAGGCUUUCUGUGGCUUAACCCGUCUAGUCCCUAGAAAACGUGAGUCUGGUCCUCAGGAGUGAGCUGGGGCUGGCAGGUGUGGUGGUAUGCCCAAGGCACUGUGAGCAGCAGCUGCAGCACCUGCUGGGUGGUGGCAAAGGCCCGAGGGGGUAUGGCCCCGGUGGUGGGGACUGGGUCCCUGCCAGCUUCUCCAGUGUGCCUACCUUGCCCAUCCUGCCCUGCGCAGCAGAGCUCAGUGGCACCACGUGUGACCUCCAAGGGGUUGGGCCGCGGCUGACCCAGCACCCAAACCUCAGUGACUGGGCCCAGGAGCGACAUGAGAGCCCAGCAGAAAGCUGGGUACCGUGGCUCACACCUAUUAAUCCCAGCACUUUUCGGGAUUUGGGAGGCCAAAGUGGGAGGAUUGUUUGAGUUUGCU